AUGACAUCGGUAAUCUUGAUCCAAACCCUCAUAGCUCUAAUAAGCUUCAUCGUCUACUGGCAGCUAUUACGCAAGCCUAAGAAGAACCUACCACCCGGCCCAAAAGGAGUGCCCCUCAUCGGCAAUAUUUUCGCCCUCCCUCCAGAUGGCACUCCUGAUUUUGUACACUGGAGAUCAAUUACGGACAAAUAUGGACCAAUUGCUUCCAUCACGUUCAUGGGGCAGCCUUUGAUUUUGAUUGCCAGCAAAGAAGACGCACUUGAGCUUUUGGAAAAGAAAUGUUCCACUUCAUCUACGCGCCCGAAUUUCGAGUUUGGCAACUAUGCUGGAUUUGGAGGCAUUGUUUCUAUCAUUAAACAUGGAAAAGAGUUCAAGUUUCACCGAAAACUCAUGCAUAAAGGCCUUGGCACCAAGCUUCUAGUGAGCAAGUAUGCGGAUACACAAGAGCAACACGCAGGACUGCUGGUGCAGGACACGCUAAAGACACCUGAAAACGUCAUCAAACACCUGGAAAAUCAUGCAAAUGCGGUUAUGCUUAAACUCUUAUAUGGCUAUAAUAUUAACCCCCACGGAGAUGAUCCAUUAAUACAAUUAAAUGAUCGCGUAAAUAUCAAAUUCUUCCAGGCUGUUGAUGCUUUUGGUCGACUUGUCGAGUACUUACCUGGAAUGAAGCGGCUUCCAGAUGGAUUUCCUGGCACGAAAUUUAAGGCCGAUGCUGGGGAACAUUACGCCCAUGUUCAAGCUUGGGGUGAAGAGCCUUACAGGUUUACUCGUAAACAGAUGGCAAAUGAUAAAGGCAUGGACUCAUAUGUCGCGAAACUUGUCCGAGAGUACAUUGGUGACACAAAGGAACCAAACGAAGCUGACGAGCAUGCUAUUAUUUGGUCAGCGGCGGGGUUACAGGUUGGUGGCGCAGAAACUACAGUCACAACUAUCACUGGCUUCGUCUUGGGUGCUAUUAUGUUCCCUGAAGUUCAAAGAAAGGCGCAGGAAGAAGUCGAUCGAGUAACUGGGGGCACUCGCAUGCCUAUUAUUGCAGACCGAGAGCAGAUGCCCUUUAUCAAUGCCAUAGUCUCCGAAGCUCUUCGCUGGUUCCCAAUUAUACCAAUGGGGUUCCCUCACGCCUUGUCAGAAGACACGUCAUACAAAGGUUACGAUUUACCCAAGGGAUCAUACCUCGUAUGGGCAAACUGGGACUUCUGCCAUGAUCCCUCUGUCUAUAAAGAUCCCUACAAAUUUGAUCCGGAACGCUUUCUCGAGCCGCGGAAUGAGCCGAACCCAAAAUGGACCGUCUUUGGGUUUGGACGUAGGAUAUGUCCUGGGCGACAUCUCGCCGACACAGCCUUAUUCCUCAACAUAGCUAGCUUGGUAGCCUUUUUUGACUUUACCAAGAAAGUUGAUGAGCAGGGCAAUGUGCUCGAACCAAAGUUGGCGUUUGACCCUGUGAGAAGCGCUGUUUCGAAACCUGCGGCGUUCCCAUUCAAGGUGACGCCACGGAGCGAGAGGCAUGUGGAGUUGCUCAAGGCUUUGGAAAAGAAUUAUGUGGUUGAGGAGAGUGACGCGGGGCUAUUAGGCGAACUACCAAGCUGA